GCAAGUACGACGGCGCGGCGCGGUGACGGCGGCGGGCGGCGGUGGCGUCAAGCGGCAAGCCGGCGGCGUUCAGUGUACGCGCGUCAAAUAACGCGAGUGGUCGUACGGUCAUGCGAGAAGCGGCUGGCAGAAUGGCCGAGCUCGAGUUCGAAGCGCCUCUCGCGCAAAUCGAGGAGGCAGAUGACUGCCUUUCAACUGCUGACUACCCACAAAAAACCAUUAAUGGUAAUGACAUUCGUCUUAACAACAUAAAAAAUAUCAAAAGUGAAAUGGUCAAAAUGAAAACUGACUCCAACAAAAUAAAUGAUAACGAGGAACCUAAACCGGUGAAGUGCAAACAGGACAAUAUGCAAAACGGUGAAGGAGAUAAUUUUACGGAGACUUUCUCCGGUUCACUUGAAGAUUUGGUGAACACUUUUGAUGAGAAAAUCACCAAGUGUUUCGGCAACUACGAGGAGAGCGUGGAGAAGCUGGCACCAGUACAGGUUCGGACCCAGGAGGAGAUCAUGAACGAAUGCCAAAUGUGGUGGACGAUAACUGGGAACUUCGGGAACAUUCUUCCUAUUGACUGGACUAAAUCGUUCUCCAGGAAGAUGCAUAUCCCUACAUUGAACCUUAACGAAAAGAAGAGUUCAAUGACACCUGACGACGAGAUCCACAGCUCGGAAGACGAAGCCGUGGCUUCAGACCUGGAUAUGCACGCGCUCAUCCUGGGCGGCUUGCACCAGGAUCAUGAGUGCCCUGUCAAGACUGCUGAUGAGGUGAUCCAGGAGAUUGAUGACAUGAUGCAAGACACGCCUUCAUCUGAAGGUGACAUUAUUGAGUACAACGAGGCUUUGGAGAAAGGGAAGGAGGUACUUAGCGCGCCGCUCUAUGAAGAUAAAUUGCGCACCUACUCGCUUGCUCAACUCAACGAGAUAUUUAUGGAGUUAGAAGUUCUUAUUCGCGAGUUCUCCGAAACCCUGAUCGCCGAGUUGGCUCUUCGCGACGAAUUGGAAUACGAGAAGGAACUUAAGAACACCUUUAUAUCGCUGCUGCUGGCUGUUCAGAAUAAGAGACGCCAGUAUCAUAUUGAGAAGAAGAAGAGGCCGCAGCCACCGAGGUCGCCUAAUUUGAACGGCAGCCAUUCUGAGUCGAAGUAUUUGACCACGGUGAUACCAUUCCACCUAGACAACGGACCUCCGGACAACCAGUCGCUCCAAGUGCUCAUUAAGAUUCUGAAGGCGAUCAACGAGGACAGUCCCACCGUCCCCACGCUACUAACAGACUACAUCCUCAAGGUCCUGUGUCCAACAUAAACACAACACAACAACACUAGCCAAUUGAACAUCAACACUACUGAACACAUUCAACAUUUCAACAUUAGCACCCAUGGAGAACUCAAUGUUUAGCAGAGAUAUCAUACCGGGUAAUCUUGUAAGAAACUAGCGUCGGCAAAAUGAGGGUGAUCGGGGGACGAGGAACGUUACUAACUCCGCCCUAACAUGCCUUCUUUAGAAAAAAUAUACGCCAAAAAUCUUUGAUAAAUGUCUCAAAGAAGUUGAACGCCUUGUUAGUUCAUCCGUAGCUGAUCGUUUUGAUCAUACCCACCGUACGUAUUUGACCUAGAAGGCGGCUGACCUACCUGCGUUAUAUGGCAUCUCUGCUUAUAUUUCCUUACUCCGUGUUCGCACCACACUACGACUGGUUCUAGGCCAUAUCAUUGUCUACACAUACUUUUGUUCACUUAGAAUAAAUUUAUUCAAAUUAAAUAGGUGUUAUUCAUAGCACUCUAAUUAGACGAUUAAAGGUGCAGUAAUAGGGAUGUUGAUUUUAAGUAAAAUAUGUAGAAAAAUAUAAUUUUUGUAGUCCGUCUUUUAGAUUUGAAAAACCACUCCCGAACUGCAUUGUAUCUUCUUUAAUUUUAUUAUUUGGCUAAAUAAACAACAUAAUGUCCCAUAUUGUUUUCUAAUCUAAAAGACAGACUAGGCAAUUAUACUUUUUCUUAGUCAACAUACCUAUUUUAUAAUUCGAUCAAUAUUAAAAUCGCGUGACUGCUUAUAAAAGGCGAAUUAGAUAUUAAAUUGACACUAAUAUUUACAUCAUAAUUAUUCGCUCAGAAUUACUAUAAUUGAUAUUAAAGCACCUUUAUCGGAAUCUAAAAUCACAUUUCAAAUAGAAUAAAUUAUUCGAUAAAUAAAAAUAUUAAUUAUAUUAAAUACUCAUCUUGUAUAUGCAUUACCUAAAGUAUAGAAAGCACAUUUUACAGGACAAUUGAUAUCCAAUUAUUAUUAUUUGCGAUAUUAUGUUGGAUUAUACGCGAAACCCUUUCGGUCAAAAAUGUUGUUGUUCUGUUGAAAUGUUCAAUUCAUUGCCAUAACAACAAUUCUUUUGGUGGUUGAUUCCAAGAGUUAAAUAUAUAUUCAACUAUAUGUCUUUAUUUGCAUAAAUGAACUGUGAUAUCAUUAAGAUAGUUUAAUUAAUGCCUCCUUUUAAGAUUUACGUAAAUAUUUGUUAUUUUUAAUACCUAUCUCUCGAACAUAAAAAUUACCUAUAUAUUUAUUUUAGAAUGUAUUGUCAUAUUUCAUCAAUUGUCGCCGGCAGAAUGUGAAUUCGAAUGUAAAUAUUUUAAAAUUAUAUAUGUAAAAUUGAAAAGUGGAAUUGUCCCCUCAAAUUAGAUGUUUAGUUCAUAUACAUUAAGGUAUCUAGGUACGCAGCAGAGGCUUGUAAAUAGUGUUUAAAUAUCAGCUUCUAGAAUUUGUAGUUUUAACAAUUAUUUUAACUAUUGACCUUAACUCGUCAUUUUUAUUGUAAGAACAUCGAAUUUUGUUUCAAUUUUAUUUUAGCUUUCUAGUAAUAGUGUGCCCGAAAUAAACCAGCUAAUUAUGAUUUUUAGUGAAUACAUUAAUCAUGAAAUUUGCAGUAGGCUAUAACAUUGUUAGAUAUAAGUUGUAUCUCUAGUCUCAACAUGUAUUAGUCAUAAAUUUGUUAUUACUUUGAAACACGAUGGCAGGGAGCUUGGAUGUUCAUUAAAGUGUAAUAAAUAAUCGCAUGAUAUUAAGAAUGUAAAAUAACGAUUGUUGUAAUUUAUAAUACAUUUUAUUGUAUGUGAAUCGGUUUGCGAAAUUAUUUACGGCGAAUGCUUCUGUCGCACAUUUUAAUUAUGAAUAGUAAAAUCACCUACUUGUUGUGCAUAAUAAAAAAAAGAAUGAAUGGAUUGGAUAAGGUACUCGAUGAGAUCUGUGCGUUGAAAGAAAAACUAAACCUAGCACCACUUUACAGUUGUUUUAUUUGAAACUAAAUAGUGGCAACACUAAUUCUUACCAUAGAUAUAAAAUGGAAGGAGAGUAACUAAGUACCAUAAAGUUAAAGACGUAAAGGCAAGAAGGAGAUGAAUUGACCACGCGGCUUCUAGUUGCCAUUUUAUAAAAUUUUGAUAUCUAUUUGCGAUUUUCAAUAACUAUUUUUCUCUCUUUGGACUGCUCAAUUGCAUAAGUAAAAUAAGUCCAUUAUCUAUGGAAGGGAUUAUAAAAGUUACUACAAAUGAAGCGAAAUAAAAUUCUAGAUGUCUUCUUCACAACUGUAAUGUGGUAACUUUUUUCAAUAUUUGAAAUCCAAUAUUAUGAAUGGCUAUGUAUUGUUUCAAAGCAUAUGUGUUAAGCAAGAUAUAAAUGUUGUCAUCAUUGUAUGUCUGACUGGCUUGUGAAAAGAAUAUACCUUAGUUUCGUGAACACAUUGUAAGUACCUGGUCGAAAUAAAGGAGCUUGAAUGA